AUGAACAUGAAGGGAAGUCAUGAGCCUCGUUCAAGCUCAUCCUGUGCAGCUUGCAAGUUGCUGAAAAGAAAGUGCAGCCCCACCUGCAUUUUCGCACCAUAUUUUCUCCCCGACGAGCCCAAAAAGUUUGCCAAAGUUCAUAAAGUGUUUGGAGCAAGCAAUGUGAGCAAGAUCCUAACUGAAGUGCCGGAGGAACAACGCGAGGACACGGUGAAUUCGCUGGCUUAUGAGGCAGAGGCAAGGCUGAGAGAUCCGGUUUACGGUUGCAUUGGUGCCAUAGCUAUGUUGCAGAGGAAGAUGAUUGAGCUGCAACAUGAUCUGGCUAUUGCUAGAGCCCGUCUUGCUUGUUAUGCUUCCAAUUCUUUAUCAUCAUCACCACCAACAGCUUCUGCUUCUUCUUGUUAUGGUGUCUUGGAUGAUCAGCUCAGUGAGGCUGCUUUCAGUGCGGUUGGCUUUCCUGCCUGCAGCGGAUUUAGUAAUAGUUUCAUGAGCCAGAGUGCACCUGAACUGAUCAGCCAUAGCCAGCAUGGACAAACUAGUGAUUUUAGCUGUGCCCCAUAUAUACUGUGA